AUGUUAAACUUUGCAAACAGAUUAUUUAAAAAUCAAACCAAUAAAAACACAUGUACAUUAUUCCAACAUCUUCAAUAUCAACAACAAUAUAUCAACAGUGGUAUAAGAUGCACAACACUCAAUAAUAAUACAUUAUGUUCAACAACACAACACUACUCAUCAAUUAGUAAUAAUAUGAGUAGUAGUAGUAGUAGUAGUAGUAGUAACAACAGUAACAACAAUAAUAGUAAUACUUUAGCAUCUAAUCAUGAGAGUAAUAAUAAUAAUAAUAUUAAAAGUUAUAAACCUUUAAUUAAAAAUAAUAGUGGUAAACCAUUAUUCCUACAAAAUAGUAAUAAUAAUAAUAGUAGUAGUAAUAAUAAUAAUAAUAAUAAUAAUGUAAAUAGUUUGAAUAGUAACGGUGGUAAUGGAGUCCAUUUGGAUCAAACAAAACCACCAAAAACCAUAAAGAUAAAGAUCAAAUCAAAGGAUCCAUUCAUUGAGUUACCUGGGGGUGGAAGGAUCUAUUUCGACAAAAAGCCAACAAAGAAGAAACAAUCAACAAAAGAUAAUUCAGAAUCCUUGACUACAUCAACAUCUACACCAACACCAACGUCAGCAUCACCAAUAGAAACUUCAUCCAAUUCAAUUACAGAUACAACUUUAACAACUACAACAACAACAACAACAACAGCAACAAAUAUCAAUACACCAAGUAUAAAUACAAUAACAACAGCACCAAAUAUAUCUAGUAAUGUUAUAGAGGAAGUAGAAGAGAAGCAGAAGAGUCAAUAUAAAGAAAAUGUAGAUGUUGUUAUUAAAGUGAAAGAAGAAGAAGAAGAAGAAGAUGAUGAUGAUGAUGAAAUGGUGUCAAAGAAACAUACAUUGAUUAUAGAUGGUACACCUCUCUUAUAUAAAGCAUUCAAUGGAUCACCAUUGUUAUCUGUCGAUGGUCAACCCAUCAAUGCAAUUCAUGGUUACACUCAAUCGAUUUUACGAUUCCUCAAGGAUUUCAAACCAGACUAUGUUGCACUGUGUUUCGAUCCACGUGGUGGUUCUUUUCGUCGCGAGUUGUAUCCGGCCUACAAAUCACAUAGACCACCGAUGCCCGAUGAUCUUCAAUCGCAAUUCGCACUGAUCGAUCACCUCUCCGAUGCCAUCGGUAUACCGGUGUUGAAGAUCGAUCGCUACGAAAGCGAUGACCUGAUAGCCACCUACACACGCAUUGCCAACGAAGCAGGUCAUCGUAUUACCAUCGUGAGUGACGACAAAGAUCUGCUGCAGCUCGUUACCAACGAGAACAUCUCGGUGUAUCGUCCCAAGUCGAAUGAAAUCAUAGGAGAGUCCGAUGUCUCUGAGAGAAUCGGUGUAGAUAGCGAGUUUGUAACUACCUUUCAAUCUUUAGUUGGUGAUACUUCAGAUAACAUUCCAGGAGUACCAGGUUUAGGACCUAAAACAGCAAUUUCUAUUAUCAAUAGUUUUGGACAUCUCAAAGAUAUCUUGGAGAAUGUUGAAAACUUACCAACUAAAUUACAAGAAAAGAUUCAAAAUUUGAAAGAUCAAAUUCAUUUAUCAUAUCAACUAGUUACUUUGAAUAAGAAUGUAAAUGUACCACCAUUAGAUAGUUUAAAGUUUAAUCCAAUCAACAAAACAAAAUUGAUUGAAUAUUUAGAUAGAUUUAAAUUUCAAAGAAUUAAAGAUUCACUUUACAAGUUGGAUCUACCGUUUGAAGGUGAAGAGAUAAAUGCUGGUGGUGUACAAGCUUUGAAAUCUACAAAGUCGAGAGCAAAAUCGAAAUCUAAAGUAGUACAGAGUGUCGUAAAUGAAGAUCAAGUAGAUGGUGACGAUAUUGUUAGUGCUGCGGAUUUGGUGAAUUUCAAUGACGGUGAUGAAACUACUACUGAUAUUUCAGUGGAUAGCGAAUCAAAACCAAAGAGAAAGAAGAGAAAGUCAAAGAUGGAGGUUAUCGAUGGUGUCGAAGAAGAUGCCGCUCUGACUGAGCCACUCGAUGAAAUCUAUGUACCGGUGACGGAGGAGGAGAUCUCUAGAAUAAGAAUGCCAAAUGUUACGGUUGUCAAUGAUGUUGAGAAAGCCAAGGCAAUAGUUAAUCAACUGCUAUCGCUAACCUAUCUCUAUCAUGCGUGUGAUACAGAGGUGGUUGACUUGGAUCUAAAGAAGCAGUCACCAAUUGGACAUGGUAGAAUCAUUUGUUUCAGUGUCUACUGUGGACCGGACAUUGAUUUCGGCACUGGAAGUAGACUCUGGGUCGACACUAUGGGUGAACAAGGCAAUGAGAUUCUCGAGGUGUUCCGUCCUUACUUUGAGAGUGAAUCGAUCUACAAGGUUUGGCACAACUAUGGAUUCGAUAGACAUAUUUUCUACAAUCACAACAUCGAUGUCAAAGGAUUCGGCGGUGAUACUCUUCAUAUGGCUAGACUGUGGGAUGCCGCGCGUAAUGGCAGAGGUGGAUACUCGUUGGAGGGACUCUCAAAGGAGUUGCUAGACAACCAUAAAACCAGUAUUAAAGAUCUGUUCGGUAAGAAUAAGAUCAAGGCAGACGGAUUGCCUGGAAAGGAUAUUAUCGUUCCGCCAUUGGAGGUGAUACAAAGACAUCCGAAACAUCUGGAGACAUGGAUCGAGUAUUCAUCGCUCGAUGCCGAACUCACCUGGAAUCUUCGUGAGAAUCUACAAGCCAAACUACAAAACAUGGUUUGGAUGAAUGACACCAACAUGUGGGACUUUUACCACAACUUGUGGAGACCGUUCGGACAUUUGCUGACAGACAUGGAGCGUCGUGGUAUGAAGGUGGACAUCGAGCAUCUCAAAACAGUUGAGGGUGUUGCAACCAAAGAUAUUCAAGACAACAUGGAUGCAUUCCAACAAUGGGCUGUUAAAUACUGUCCCAAUGCCAAGUAUAUGAAUCCUUCGUCUGAUGCACAGAUUCAACAACUCCUUUUUGCACCGACCAAAAAUGUAAAGACCAAAGAGGAAAUGCCGUUGGAGCGAGAGUUUGAGACAGAGAACACCGAGGGAUUUAUUGAAGAGGGUAAAAAGAAACCAAAGAAGAUGCGUCCGUUCUUGCUUUCCGGGUUGGGUCUACCGUUUGGAUCACAUACCGCCAGUGGUUGGCCAGCAGUCGACUCGGCAUCACUCCGUGAUCUAGCAGGAAAUCCUUCCAAAGGCAAAUAUGGAAAGAUCUUCAAUCAUUUCAAAGAUAAAUCAGAGGAUAAGGAGAAAGGUGAACAGGAAGGUAUCGAAGCUUCCAAGGCCAUCACAUCACUGUUGGAAAUCGGUAGUGUUGGAACACUUCUCAGUUCAUUCAUUAUCCCACUCCAGAAACUUUGUGACUCCAAUCAUCGUGUACAUACUUCGGUCAAUGUGAAUACCGAGACUGGUAGACUCUCUUCAAAGCGUCCAAACCUUCAGAAUCAACCAGCACUUGAAAAAGAUCGUUAUAAAAUCAGAAAAGCUUUUACAUGUGAACCUGGAAAUACUUUGGUUGUGGCAGAUUACGGUCAGUUGGAGCUACGACUGCUGGCGCAUAUAACCAACUGUCGCUCGAUGAUCAAUGCAUUCAAGAUUGGUGGUGAUUUCCACUCGCGUACUGCAAUGGGAAUGUAUCCUCAUGUUAAAGAAGCGGUGGACAGAGGUGAUGUGCUGCUAGAGUGGGACGGUGACGGUGAGCCACCAAAGCCACUGCUAAAAGAUUCGUUCGGUGCUGAACGUAGAAAAGCAAAGACUCUCAAUUUCUCAAUUGCCUAUGGCAAGACCGCUCAUGGUUUAUCAAAAGACUGGGGUGUGACUCUCAAAGAAGCACAGGAGACAUUGGAUCGUUGGUAUUCCGAUCGUCCCGAAGUAUUGUUGUGGCAACGAAAGACCAUUCAGAUUGCCAACACUCACAAAUGGACGAGAACACUCAUGGGAAGAUAUCGUAUGUUACCAGACAUUGACAAUCCGGCCAAAGGAAUGAAAGGACAUUCUGAACGUGCCUCUAUUAAUACCCCGCUACAGGGUGGAGCAGCCGAUAUCGUAAUGAAGGCAAUGUUGAUGAUCGAAGAGGACAAACGAUUGAAAGAGCUAGGUUUCCAAUUGAUCAUGCAGAUUCACGAUGAGCUUAUCCUGGAAGGACCAGAGCAACAUGCAAAAGAAGCACGUGAAAUCGUAAUGAGACUCAUGUCGAAUCCACUCAACACACCGCUACUAGUUGAAUUGGUUGUCGAUUGUCGAUUUGCAAAGACAUGGUAUGAAGCUAAAUAA